CGCAAGUUCUGCUGGACUGUCAGAAGGCGUGGAACACAACGAUCGAUGGCUGGGUGGUUGGUGGGGAAUGCAGCAAGGCAAGGAACGUCACGUGCGAUGCCAAGGGAAUGAUAACAGCCAUAAACAUGGAAAAGAACAGCUUCAAUGGCUCCAUUCCCGACUCCAUCAGCAACCUUGCGAGUCUCAAUACCUUGGUCCUGGCGUACAGCAUGCUAACCGGCAACCUUUCUGAGUCCAUUGGCAAGCUGCCAAAUCUUCUCCACUUGGACCUUUACUCCAACAACUUGACUGGCGCCAUUCCCGAGUCCAUUACCAACCUCGCAAAUCUUAAUCACUUAGAUCUGGCGAGCAACAUGUUGACUGGCAUCGUUCCGGGCUCCAUUAGCAACCUUGCAAAUCUUACUUACCUUGAUCUGAACCACAACAAGUUGACUGGCACAAUUCCUGAGUCCAUUACCAGCCUUGCAACACUCAAUAACUUCGACCUGAGCUACAACAUGUUGACCAGCACCAUUCCCAAGUCAAUUGGCAGCCUCGCAAACCUUACCAAGUUAAACCUGGCCCACAACAUGCUGACCGGCACCAUGCCUGCGUCCAUUGGCAACCUUGCAAGUCUUCAGUACUUGCAGCUUAGUUACAACAGCAUCAGUGGCACAAUUCCCGAAUCCAUCGGGGGGCUUUCGCGCCUUACGAACAUUUGGCUUCUCAACAACAGCCUGAGCGGCUCGAUACCAGCGAUCGUGAGCAGGCUCCAAUCUGUGGCCAUCCUCAACUUGGGCUACAACAGCCUGGCCGGCUCAAUCCCCGACGCCAUCACCACACUCACAAACAUUGCUAGUCUAACUAUCCAUGAAAACGACUUGAGUGGACCCAUACCACCAGGGCUGGGCAACCUUCUCAAAUGUGAAACUCUAUUUCUUCAAGGCAACAACCUGACAGGCCCAAUUCCUGACUCCAUUAUGAAGCUCACAGCCCUUCGCACCUUAAGAGCUUCUGGAAACAAGCUGACUGGCUCAAUUCCAGAGACAAUCAGCAACCUUCAGAACUUGGACACCUUGGUUCUUCGCGGUAAUAACUUGACCGGAUCCAUUCCAUCCUCGAUUGGACGUUUUAUCAAACUCAAAUUAUUAGCCCUUGCCGACAACAGUCUGACCGGAACGAUUCCUGAUUCCAUUACUGCCCUUUCAAACCUGGCUACUCUGCAUCUCGGUGGAAACGACUUGUCCGGGCCGAUACCUGGUGGAAUUGGCGGCCUUACGGCUUUGACAGAUCUGUGA